GGAAGUGGCUGUGGCAUUUUGGCUUCAUUCGACUACGCUGCGGUGUAGCUUCCUGCUGGACGUUUGAGGCGCCUGCCUGCGGUCCAGCUGCCGCCAUGAGCCGGCCCAGCCGGCUGCAGCGGCAAAUCCUGAGCCUGUAUCGCGAGCUGCUGCGCGCCGGGCGCGGAAAGCCGGGCGCCGAAGCGCGAGUGCGAGCCGAGUUCCGCCAGCACGCCAGCCUCCCGCGCACGGACGUUCUGCGCAUCGAGUAUCUGUACCGCCGAGGGCGGCGGCAGCUCCAGCUGCUGCGUUCCGGUCACGCUACGUCCAUGGGCGCCUUCGUGCGUCUGCGGAGCUCGACCGAAGAGCCCGGAGGCGGGGCGGCCCUGAGGACCCCUCUUGACGAUGGGGACAGUCCACGGAACCCUCACGACGGCAAAAUGACACCGGAAACCCGACCUGAUGGACGAUGACAAGCAGGAGAGCUCACUUGGCGACCGAGGAGUUCCCGCCUGACAGUUUGAGGAGGACCAGGAACUCAUCCGAUGGAAUGUAAAGGUCUUGAGAGACUCACCCCACACAGUUGGGGGAUGGGAAGCCCCCGUGGUGGACUGCGAGUGAUCUUUCCUGUGUAUGGUGACAGGUCAGACCCCGCCCUUCUUCCACUAGGAGGGCUUAGAGCAGCCUGGGAGUCCCGCAGGCUGGACAGUGUCAUCCUGAGAUCUGUUUUACCAAAAAGCACGAGGAGCUCAGAUCACCCCUCCACCAUGGCCCAAGCUAGCCUGAGACCCUUGAUCUCUGAGAACACACCAAUCGCGGAUCCUCAAACGGACUGGUCUUUGCUGUGUUUUAACUCUGAGAAGCGCAGACUUUAUGAAUAGUGAGAGGCUUGCAAUCCCCAUUGGGAACUCCCCUCAUCCUUUUGGCAAAUCAGGACCAUGAGGAGUGGAUUAGGAGCCUGUCACCCCAGCUGAUCAACUAAACUCCCUACUUCAUGACCUCGAAGGGAUAGCCCAGACUCCUGAGCUACCCCCUCCAGACUGUUGAGCAAAGGGAAUAAAAUCGGGGCCGUGCUUAUUUCCCUGUUGAUGGUCUUAAAGAUUUUAUGUAUUUGAGGAUUUUUGAAAACAAACAUAUAGACACACAAAGGAGUGGCCCUCUAAGUGGUGAUGGA